UGAUAAAAGUGUGUUUUACAAAGAGAUUUAAAAGAGGUCACUGAUUGUGCUGACCUGAUUUCCUCAGGCAGCUUGUUCCAUAGUUUCAGGGCACUGACUGCAAAAGCUGUCACCUAUAGUUUUUUGCUUCGCCUCAGGAACAACUAAGAGACCUCUGCCCGAGGAGCUCAGGCUACAAGCUGGUUCAUACGCUGAAGUAGUGCUGUGGUUGGGUUCGUGGUACCAGGUAUCCGCACCAAAAUGACAAUCAAACGUGAAAAUAUACAAUUCUCACAACUGAUCCUCUUUGCUUUAUAAGUGUAUUCACAAGCGCCACAAGCUGAACAGCUGAUCAAAUUAUACUUGCUACAACAGUGACUCAGCUUAAUAAAAGUCGACUGUGGUGUCAGAGGAUAAGUAUGCAAAGUUCUGUCUGGUUGGUUAGGCGACAUACCUGUCAUACUUUAUCCAAUUGUUAUUUGUCUGUCAAAGCUCAAACCUGAACUGAAAAAACAAUUCGCAGAACAAAAAAGCAAAAUGAUCCCAGCAGCUUCAAGAACAUGAGACUUGAAUUUAAAUUUGUUGAAGAAAAUUUGUUUUUAUGUCCUUGACUUUUACAAGCAGAAAAUACACAAACUUGAAAAGUUGAUAACAGCACUUAGUGACUUACUGUAGCUGGCACCGAGGCUGCUGGUAACUAAACAGCAGACGACAUUAAGGUCAAAGUCUCAUCCUUUCCCACUGAAAAAAAGCAGUUAAUACAAGUCAUGUAGGAGUAUCUAUUUUGAUGACUCCACACAUGGCAGUUAAUCACAAAACAUGUCAUAGUGGAGUAAAAAUCUAAUGUGGUGUUUAAUGGAUGAUGACCACUAAAAACUGAGAAAAGGUCAUUUCCAACAGUAAGUCUCGGGGCCAAUCAUCAGCUGUUCUCAUUUCCAAAGAAACGUGACCUCUUUCCUGUGGGAUUGAUAAAGUUGAUAAAGUGUGUAAAUAUAGACAGAAAAAGAGAUAAAAAGCAAAAAUAAACAAAGAGAUAAAUGGAAACAGAUAUAUGUAGAUUGAGAUAAAUAGAAUGAGGGAAGAAGAAAACAGAGAGAGACGAAGAGGCAGGGAGGUAUUGGACCUGAAGGUUCCUGCAGAACUACAUUCUUGUCAAAACAGUUCCCACACUGCCAUAGUGUUUUGUUUUUUUUCAAAUCUAGUAGUGUGGCUUGUUCUUCUAAACCUGAUUGUAACGAACUUUUCCAAAAUAAGAAAGCACUUCAAUCUCUAAGAGUAAUAUAUAAUAUAAUCACCUACAAGGCUUGUGGGUGAUUAUAUUAUAUAUUUUUAUAUGUUUUGGUUCAUGUGGUGUCCAUCCCUUUAUGCUACAUACACUUUUUGACUAUUUUAGGCCUAUUUCAACAGUAUCCUAAGACUAUAAUCCUUUAUUAAUGCAAUAAACACGUUUAAGGAACAACUUGGGUAACUUAUAAAAGGUUUGUAAAUAUUAACCUCCUAGGACCUGGCGUCCACAUAUGUGGACCUCACAUUUUGGGUUCUCUAGACCACAAUAUUAACUUUUUCUCAACAAGGGCCUGGUGACCACAUAUGAGGAUAUUAUACUGCCACUCAGUAAUCGAAAUCUAAAACUAAUGUCCUCAUUUAUGGACAUCAUUUUUCUCAGGUCCCAAUCAGCCUAAACAGCAAAGAGAAAUUAAAAAUGCACGCCAUGCAAGAGUUCGGGUCUUAGGAGGUUAAAUUAUUAAAUUAUUAUUUUGAAAUUUGAGCAAGCUGAUGAUGCCGGCGCCUCUCUGACUGGUUGCUCUUUUGCUUGUCGUUUAUCAUGUAUCACAGAUUUGCAUGAUAACUGCCUCGUCGAAACUCUCCCCGCCUUUGCUGUUGCGGGUGAGGAUGGCGCAUGGCGCGCCACACCUGUCCUAUUUGGGGACAGAGGCAGACAGGUAAGGCUGAAGCCACGCCCACUGGCAGGUUUCAGUCGGACUUGUUUUUUAAGACCAGCUGUUGGGGCUGUCAAAACACUCGAGUCUAAAUUACUACAGUCAGUCUGGGAGUAAGAGCACGCACUUCAACAGCAGCCGCAAUCAUGCCGACGCGAUCAACGGAGGAAUGGAUCCGGUUGUCCCUGCGUACCCCGGGCAUCCUGAUCUUCGGGAUGGUCUUGGCUCCCUGUGGCUGGAUCUUGGACCUGACCGCCACUGUGGCGCCAAACUGGAGGACCCUCCACCCCACCACCCUCCCGCCGGACGAGUUCAUCCAGCAAGGCAUCUGGGACAUCUGCAGGGCCACCUCGACCUCCACGAGAGAAGAGUGCAACUUGCAGGAUACCGAAUACUUCAACAACCAGAUCAUUAAUGUCGCUCAGGGUUUGAUGGUAGCCUCCCUCAUCGUGACUCUAAUCGGGCUGGCCGUAGCAAUCCCGGGGGUCCGCUGCUGGAAAGACAGGCCUAACUGGGUUGUGGCCGGCCUGGGCGGACUGUUGAUCUUCCUCUCAGGCGUCAUGACCAUCAUCCCCAUCGCCUGGUACACCCACAUCCUCAAAGAAAUCACAUCGGAGACCGCGCUCACAGACGUGCGCGUCGGCUACUGCAUCAUCCUGGGAUACAUCGGCGGGAUUUUUGAAAUCCUGGGCGGCUUCGUCAUGUUCAUCGGGAUCUGCCGUUGCUGCGGAGGAAAGAACCGAGGGGAGACACGGGUUGAUGAAGUCAUGGGCGACCGGUUUAGCCACCAGAAGCCGCCGCCGAGACGCGUAAAUGUGCCAACCCUGGACCGGGCCAGGAGCAGCGCCAGCAGCGUCCCAUACUCCAGGGAUUCCAUGGAUGAUGAUGUGUCCUUCCCCCGGGCCAAGAGCCCCGCAGUUCGGUCAGUCAACACCUCUUACGCCGGUAGACCUUAUGAUGCCGACCUAUGAGAAGCACAUCUCCCACAUCUGGCGACAUUAUUAAAAAAACAGGAAAAGGAAAACAACUUGAAGAGGAACUGAGAGUGGCAAAGAUUCCAUAAAGAAGCAAUGGUAAUUAGGAUGACUUUAUAGCGUUAUUUAUCUGGACCACUGUAGUAAAACAAUACUAGAGAUGAUUACAAUAAAACUGAAAUCAUUUAUAAUAUUCUGGAAGAGAUUGUGAACUUAAACUAAUACCUAAAGUCACACUAUACACUCAUUGUUGACUGAUUACUGUGAGACCAUAAAUGAAUGUUUCAGUGGUAUCAAGAGAUCAAAUACCUUAAAUAUUAUAAAAUACUAGGUGUAAACUCACUAUUAAGUGAAGCAGAAUCACUUUAAAUGCCUCUGAGUAUUACAGUGUUUCACCAGUAUAGGACAGUAAUACUUGAAGGCCCGCAUCUAUAAAAGAGUAAUAUGUUUAAUGUUUGAGUGACAGCUGUGGCUAUAAGGAUGAGACUAAUUAUAGGCUUAGCUUCAUUAUGAUUAAUUGUAUUCUUUAUAAUAAGACAGAUGUGUGCCUCAAGCUGUGCAGUUAUUGAAUAUUACAGUGGAAAGAGACUGCCAUGAAGAAAGUCUGGAAAGGGAAGGAUUCUGUGUUACUUUACCAGUGAACAAAAGCUACACUGUUUAGUACAGCUGAGAUAAAUUGAUGUAAAGCUGAAGUUUGCCUUCUGCAAGUGAUGCUGAACUCCAUUUGUAAAUAUUCUCACCUUUAAGGAAGCUUUUACAUUUGUCUGUUUCAUUGGCUGAUGCAUAAACCUUUUUCUUUUUUUUUUUUAUGUUUCAGAUUUUAUUGUAAAUACUGUAUUCUUAUGCACUUUACAAUUACGGCCGACCUUUUUGGGCCACCCGUUGAGGUUGAUGAUAUUGUCCUCAAUGCUCUGUGAUACAAGUGCUAUUUUAUUAAAUGUGCACUGUGUUUCUGAAUAA